GUGCCAGAACAGGGAUCGAUCUCGUCUAAGAAACUUACACCUUGCGGCCUCUUUGGGCUGCAUGCAGCUGUUCUGGGUGAGCCAUUGAAAAGUUUUGCUCUCCCCUUGUAAAUAAUUAACGAGCAGCUAGUUUACGGAGCAAGGAGAAACGAACUUGAAAGUUUAAAAAACUACCAUACCCGUCAGUGGAGAGGACUGGAUAAGUAGCCUACUCUCCACUCUUUCCACACUAAAGGGACACCUUUGCAGAACUCUGUCGUGCGACCGAGUCACUCGUGUGGCAGCAAAACCAAGGGGAAACACACCGUAACCAUCACAAGUCAAAACAAUUUACUUACCAAGUUAUUGGAUACCUAUUAGCGUCUGUGGUGCAGGGACGGACGCGAAUGCACGGGACAUAACAGAUGUGGAUCAGGCUACUCUAGGAAAGUGCAAUGGCUACACUCUGCUGAAUAGAAAGAAGACUGGGCGAUUUCUCAUCAGUGUUCUUUUUUUCAGGAUUGUUGAAGCGAGACAGGCUAUCGAUUUUCUCUGGUGACUAGCUGCCUGUCACAACUCGCGAUGGGCUCUUCGGACAUUAAUAAAAGCAGGUGAAACGUUUGGAAGCGGAGGUCGCAAGAGAAAGUUGGCGUGCAAGUAAACACUUCAGCUCGUUGUUUUCCAUCUCAGUGCAUAAUUUCCACUGAACCGUUCUUGGACAUUUAUCAAUAGGCACCGAUAGCCUACUUGUGGGCGGAUUAAACUUUACGAUUUUAUUUGUCGUAACUUUUUCAGGCAUUAUUUUGCUUAGUGCUUUAAACCCAUAGCUAGUUUACUAGCUAUCCAGUAAGCAGCUAAGGACGCGUAGCUAGCCAUUUCUCUACACCUGAAAAAAAUCAUUAUUGUUAACUAUAGAAGGUUGCAACUUAAUUGGAAUUGCGAGGAACUAUGCAGAAAUACAACCCUAACAACACCGACACACUCCCGCGGGACGCGGAGCUCCAACACCGCCUGACUGACAACGGUGGAGUCGGGGAUUCGGUGAAGGAGAAUGGGUCUAGGAAGAAGGACUCUGGCGCUGAGAUUCCCGACACACCGUGCACCAAAAGAAAGAUGCUGGUGGGCUUGGACCUUCUCUGCCUGGUAGUGGCCUCCAUCCCGUUCCUGGCGUGCGAGCUGAAGGCGGUGACCCCGUACAAGAGGGGUUUUUUCUGCGGGGACCCCAGCAUUGCGUACCCUCGCCUUGAGCGGGAGGCCAUAUCAGACACGGUGUUGAUCAUGGGGGGGCUGCUGAUCACCGGGCUGGCGAUCGCCCUGGGAGAGUGUUACCGCGUGCGUUUCCUGCGCGUGCGGUCGCGCGCCUUCGUCAGGAACCUGUACGUGUCCAGUCUGUACAAGGAGCUGGGCAGCUUCCUGUUCGGCUGCUUCAUCGGCCAGUCCCUCACCAACAUGGCCAAGCUGAGCGUGGGCCGGCUCCGCCCCCACUUCCUGUUCGCCUGCAACGUCACCUACUCCUCCCUCAACUGCACCCCCGGCACCUACAUCCCCGAGGUCACAUGCCGGGCCAACCCGCACGAUCUGGAUGAAGCCAGGAAGUCCUUCUUCUCGGGCCACGCCUCCUUCGCAAUGUACACCAUGCUGUACUUGGCGUUCUACCUGCAGGCGCGGUUGUCAUGGCGAGGGGCGCGGCUCUUGCGUCCUCUCCUCCAGUUCCUGCUGGUGCUGGUGGCCAUGUACACAGGGCUGAGCCGGAUCUCCGACUACCAGCAUCACCCCACAGACGUGCUGACGGGCUUCCUGCAGGGGGGGCUCACAGCCUACUGGGUGGCCUUCUACAUCUCGUCCAUGUUUAAGAACCCUCGUCCUGAGCUGUUUGCCACCAGCCCGUCCAUGGAAAGUCCGCUGUCCAGCCAGCAGACUGUCUGCUAACAGUGCCAGAGAGGGAGGGAGAGAGAGAAAGAGCGAGGGAGGGAGGGAGUGAGUGAGAGAGAGAGAAUAACCAAGCACAACACACUGACAGAUUUCAGAAGAGAGGAUGGAAGGAAGAGAGGCCCCUUUGGGGAGGAAUGUGACGAGAAGGGGAUGUAGAGCAGGAGAGAAAGGGAAUGAAAGUGACUGAGAUUGACUGAGAGACCAUUCUGUUUUGACUGAGAUGGUGAGAGUGAAAUAAAAAAAGGAACUGGGGAAUAGGUAAGAGUAAGAGGGAAGGGGGGGAAGAAAACGAGGGACUUGUUUCUCUUACACACACACACACACACACACACACACACACACACACACACACACACACACACGCAUACAAAGCACAAACACACACUUUCAUUAAACAUGUGUAGAGUGACCCGUCCUGAUUGGUGGUAUACACAAGUACAAAUAGAUGUAUAUAAAAAUAUAUUUUUACAAAGGGUCUUAUAGCUCACGCUGCUAAUAUUGAUUAUUCAAAUAGUUAACACAUAUACAUUUAAUAAUGUAUAUUUAAUGUGUAGUUUAACCUUGUAAAUAACCGCAAGACUUGUGCUUAAAGAACAGUUUUGACAGGAAUUUUUGUCAGGAACACAUGACCCCUCCCUCUUGCUUGUCAUCAGUGCUCUCUGACCUCUGAGGUCAGCGAUAUUGUCAGUCACCCUAACUGAGCCCUGAAGCCACCGUGACCUCUUAGAAAAUGCUACGUGUAGACCUCAUAGGUUGAGAUAAGAGGAGGGCAGGCGGGGAGGCCUGAGAGUACAGGCCAGAGCAGCGUAUUAGCAGCUUUCAUGUUAUUGAAAGUUGGACUCACCCCGGCCCAAAGCGCUCUGAGAGGAAAUUGUGUAUUUAAAAAAGGCUCCCCUGACCGCUUCUUUAACCGCAGAACAAGUUGCCUUUUAUGUCCCGUACUCGUGUCACGGAAAUGUUCCCUCCACAGCCACUGUGUCUGUAUAACCACUUCAAGCAUACAUACCUCUGGUGCGAUGCUGUGACUGAAUAUAACCCCUCACCCUUGACCUAUGGCUGACCUUUCCAUGCUAAACUCUGACUUGAUCCGCACCUUGAGUUAAGGCCUCACACACAGACCCUGGCAGUGUCAGCUAGGCGAUGUGCGUACGCUCAUUUGCAGCACUUGAAAUAUGUAGAGGAAUCUUCCGCAUUUGUCAUUUGUCUGUUUUUUUUCUUUUUUUUGUUUUUUCUCAAGUUAAAGAUUUUUUUUUUUUUUUUGUCAUGUCAUUGUUCGUUUUUGUUUGUUGGUAUGUGUUUUUUUUCUCCCCCAAAUGAUUAUUCUCAAGAUUAAAAUGAAUGUAUAUAAAUCCUUUUUAAAGUGGCCAGAAUUUCAGAAGUAUUAAUGCUCUUUGUUUGUUUUUGUGUUUCGUGUGCUAACCAGGUACGGACUGUUCCGUUGUUUCUGUUGUGUUUAAUGACUAGUGACUGAGCCAGAAAGAAGAUGUUAUCAGAAAGCUAUAUUUAUCCAUUUUUAUUGUGCUAUAAUCUAUUUGUUUGUUUACUCUGUGAAAGCCAGAGGACUAAAUAACCACUGUACUCAAAAAAGAAUAAACAGCAAACAAAUAAAAUGAAUGUUGAAUCUUUUAA